CAUUAGUCUAUUUUCCCGGUUGUUUACAACAAUAUAGCCUACAAAAUAUUUGUAUAAACACUAGCUACAUGCAUACUGGCAUCAUCAUAUUUUACCGAGGAACUUUGAUGGUGAAUGAUUUAGUGAUGUUCACAAACCAUAGCCACACCCCUCGCCUAUAGUCAUUUUUCAUGGAAAACACCUGUCUGCGUAGGAGCAAAGGAAUAUUUUUUUAGAAGCAAUUUGGAAGAAAAUACCUGCAUGAUCAUAGGCAAUAAGGUGAACGGAAAAAGUUAUAGGCCUAUGUGAUUUAGAUUUAUUGGCAUUUUGAUUUAUACGACAUUUGUGGACAGCUUGAACAGCGCACGCCUUCAGCAUCACCGGCCGGGCGAAAUUGCUAGCUAGCUGAACACACGUCUAGCUAGCUUGUUAAAUAAUGAUGGACUGACAAAGGUUUUUUUUCUUCCCUUUUCUUUUUUUAAAUCAAAACUAACUUGGAAGAGCCUUGAGGGCCGGUAUACAUAUAUUGCGGUACAAACGUAGCAUAUCCCACAAUAGCUACUGGUGCGGACAGUGUCGACGUUUGACCUGAUACUUUUUGCGACCAACUACUAUAAUCCAGUUAGUUACAGUAGCUAGCUAACGUCGUUAGCCGAGCAGCAAGUGAGUUUGUUUACACCGUACACGACACCUUCAUUCUGGGACUGUUGGAUCACCCUUAAUGCUGAGACAUUACCACCCUCUCCUGAUCGCCUGACUUUCAAACCAACCCUUUGCUUCGGGUUCCGUCUCCCCUCUCCCCCUUCUCUCCCUCUCGUCUUUCCCUCCCUGUGAGUGAGUCUGUGUGUGAGCGGUCAUGACAACCAACAAGCCCAAGGGGCAGAACUCUCUGGCCCUCCACAAGGUGAUCAUGGUGGGGAGUGGAGGAGUGGGCAAGUCAGCCCUCACCCUACAGUUCAUGUAUGACGAGUUUGUGGAGGACUACGAGCCCACCAAGGCGGACAGCUACAGGAAGAAGGUGGUAUUGGACGGAGAGGAGGUGCAGAUCGACAUCUUGGACACAGCGGGCCAGGAGGACUACGCCGCCAUCCGAGACAACUACUUCCGCAGCGGUGAGGGCUUCCUCUGCGUCUUCUCCAUCACCGAGGCCGAGUCGUUCGCCGCCACCGCUGACUUCAGAGAACAAAUCCUGCGAGUGAAGGAGGAUGAGAAUGUUCCCUUUCUCCUGGUGGGUAAUAAGUCAGACCUGGAGGAGCGGAGGCAYGUGAGCGGCGAGGAGGCCAAGGCCCGGGCCGAGCAGUGGGGCGUCAGCUACGUGGAGACCUCCGCCAAGACCCGUGCAAAUGUUGACAAGGUGUUUUUUGACCUGAUGCGUGAGAUCAGAGCCAGAAAAAUGGAGGAUGGCAAAGAGAAGAACGGAAAGAAGAAGAGGAAGAGCCUGGCCAAGAGAAUCAGAGAGCGGUGCUGUAUUUUAUAAUGAGGCGUUCCGUCCAUCGGCUUCCUUCCCGAGCGCUCUCCACCUUGCCCAUUCCUCUGGGUCGUGUUCAUUUGGUACCAAAUGGAAGAAAACGGACUGAAACAGGGAGGGACUACCUGGACUUGUCUAAUAACAAUUGCUCAUUUUAGCUUUCUGUUGCAAGAAGUUAAAAUAUCUGUUGCGUUCUGUAAUGAACAUUACCCAGGUUUCCCUCUCAGAAGCCAUGGCCAAGGGAGAGAAAAUCCUGUUUUUUUUUWAUUUAUUUUAAUUUUUUAAAAGGUGAGUUCACUAAAGGGGAGUUUGUUGUCCAAUUAUAGUAAACACAAAUGGUAAGACUACAACUGAAACCAAAAAAMGAAUUUGAGGCCUCAAAAGACAUUUACUUUAAAUUGUAAUAUUUUAUCCCAAGAACAGUAAUGACCCCUCUUAAUUAUCGCUCUGAGAGAUAGUCAAUUUAGGAAAACUUAAAUGAGUGGCUGGCUCUGACAUCUGUGGUAUGCCACUGGUGUAGUAGCCAAACAAACAGUUGCUAUCGGAACGCUCACGCAAUGUUUGCAGUGUAGUAUCAGCGCGAUAGUAAAUCACUCUAGUUCCUUUUUGUAGCUCAGUUGGUAGAGCGUGGCGCUUAUUACGCCAGUGUAGCAGGUUCGAUUCCCGGGAACCACCCAUACGCACGCACGCAUGAUCAAGUCACUGGAUAAAAGCGUCUGCUAACAAGGGCACAUUUUAUUAUARCUCUCAUGGCUAAUUUCAAAUGCCGCUACAUUCAACGUCACUCCAGGAAGCUCGACUUCACACAGACUUGAAACUAAGGGUGUUUAAUUGAAAGAUAUCGAAUGGGAUCCCACAGUCAAACUUAAACUCUCUUGCACUGGAAUGUCUCUCUGCCAUCUGGUUAGUCUGCUGUGAAAUGUGAAACUUUGCAUCGUGCUAUACAGGCCAAUGGAGUUCUCUAAUGAACCAUGGGUACUUGUUCAGAAGAAAUACCUCGGCAACUCCGUAGUCAAUCACACAGUGCCAGUGGCUGAGGGGCUUAUACUAAACAGGCCAGUGGCUGAGGGGCUUAUACUAAACAGGCCAGUGGCUGAGGGG